UUGGGGAAAAAACACCAGAAUUAAAAAAAGAAAACAAAAAAAACCCAAAAAACCCUGGAUCUAAUUUAGGUAAAAACUCUUUGGGAAAAGUGAAAAUGGAAACUGACUGGUCUGAGUGCACUUAGACUAGAGUAUUGCUCUUUUUAAAAAGUACUUGUGUACUGUGAAAGGCAAGAAGCCCAAGCAGAAGAUCAGUAGAGAUUAUAGUUUCCAGUACAUUUAUUUCCUACUUAAAUUGCUUCUUUUUCUUUUCCACUGUUUCUUGCAGAUCUCUCUUCUUUGCCAUGUCAUCUGACAGCCACCAGCUGAUCACCCAUUCCCACCAGGACUCACUAAGUUCUACUUGUCACAGUCUCUUGAAUGUCAACAGUCACCCCCUAUCCAAGAGCUCCUCAAAUCUGGCUGGUAUUGGACACUUGAGGAGUUUAGAGGAAAGGCAAAACAAACAGGAGCUGAAGAAAAGCCAUAGUAGCACCAUCUGCCAUAUCCUGGCAAACAGGAGUGAUGCAAGGAAUGUGCAGAGUCCCGGAUGGUCCUCCUCACAGCCUGGGAUGAUGGGACUUGGAUCAGAGGUCCAAAUCAUAAAUGACCAGUCAGAGGGCAGAACUAAGAAUACAAACCAUGUUCUUGUCACUGAACAGUCCUCAGCAUCCUGGGGAGUGGGGGACACUAAGAUGUGUGUGAAGAGCAGCACUGUUGAGAAUGUUUCUUCAGCCUGCUUUGUUCACCAGCAAGGCAUGUGUCAAAUGGAAGAAUCGGGAGCUGCCCUUCAGAGAAGCCACUCAGACCUAACCCGCAGCUGCAAACAGCAGACUUACAUCACUCACACAGAAACCAGUGCUACUCACUCCAGCUUAAGCUCUUCCGGCUGCAGACUUGGUCCACCAUUGGCUCAGAUGUCUUUCCAGACACAGAGAUACACAUCAGAAACAAAUGAAAAUGCAUCUCACUAUCAAAACUUUGUGACUCAUCUUCCAGUCCUACCUAGAGACCAACAAGUACCCACAAAUACCUUUGACAGUGGCAGUAUUCCAUGUAACACUACUGUUUACACAGAUCCUGGCACAUUUCACACUGCUGUUCUAGGAGCCCACGUGCCUGGAAAUGGUUUCCCAAACAGGACAAUGUUCAGUCAAGCCCCUGGGAUUAUUCAUGGUGGUCUGACUUACAGUAAUAUCCCGAACUCUGUGUACUCCCCCAUGGUGAGGACAGUUCACAACAACUCUGCAGGGCCCUGCAGUCUCAGGCAAGAUGCCUUGAAAGCAGAUGCCACCAUCCCAGCCUAUUGCCACUCCUUGCCCAUCCCAUCCAUACAGCUCGUCCUGCGGUUGGCGUGCUCCAUCAGUGAGACAGGAGAAGAGCAGGCAGCAUCUGGCUACUUUAAUUCCUGUUCUGCUUCAGACAUUCUGACAUAUCCUAAGCUGGUGUCUUCAGUAAGUAAAUCAGGCCUGGAUGCCAAGAAAAUCCUCAAGUUCUGUAAUGUUCCUGGAGAACAGCUGCAAACUGCUCAGCAGGAGAGACCUCCUCCAGAAGCCAAGGCUGCCCGUGUUGCCCUGAGCAGCCAGAAAGGUGCAGACAUGGUAGUGACAACUAAGGAUAUGUGCACUAUGACCUCUAUGAAUGACAUAACCAAGGGCCUGAAACCAGCUCUGGAGCACUGAGAUGCCAAGGUACAAACUCUUCCAACCAUGGAAUGCAAAUCAGUGGCAACAAGCCCAGCAGCUGCAGCAGCAGGUCACUCACAUGUGUUCCCAGAGGUGAACCUGGAGCAAGACUUGGAGGCCCCCAAAUCUCCAGUUUGUGAAGUGAGAUGGGAUGAUGAAGGAAUGAUGUGGGAAGUGUAUGGGGCAUCUGUGGAUCCCGAAGUCCUUGGGGUAGACUCAAAACAUCUUGAGUUUCAAACAGAACAGCUCCAGACUGUUCCAGUUCCAGUUCCAGAGCCUGCUGAGGCAGCUGAGAAAAGUAAUGAGAAAAAAAGGCCUUUCAGAACAAUGAUGAAUUCCCUGAGAUAUCCAAGCUGUUGUGCUCACUCCAGUACUACAGUGAAGUGA